GGCGACGUCGUAUAAUCCGGAAUUGUUUUCUAACAUUGACAGUGUUUAUUAUAUAGGAAAGGUUAUAUCGUUUUUUUUCUGUUUCAGAAAAUAUUAGUUCACAAUAAUUAUAAUUUUUCGAAUGUGACGUGUGAUAAUAGUUAUCUUUUUCAUAAUUUGAUGACAUUCGUUCUUGUCGAUAUACAUUAUACUUUAUUUUUAUAAAGAUGGUUGACGCUUUGCAGAAUUGGAGUCCUUAUGCCAAAAAAUACGAACCUUUGAAAGCAGGUAGCAUUGAUGGUACAGAUACAGAACCACAUGAUAAAGCUAUUAGUCGUGCAAUACAAGCACAUUAUGAACCACCUCAUGGAUUAAAAUCAAAACCAGAAAGGACAUUAUUUGUCGCCAGAUUUGGUCCAAAAAUUACCAAACAUGAUUUAAAGGAGUUUUUUUCUAGAUAUGGAGAAGUUGUAUCGGCAAAAGUUAUAGUUGAUGUUGUGACUGGAUUAUCCCAAGGUUAUGGAUUUAUUGAAAUGAGAAACGAAGAUGAAGCUAGAAGAGUAAUUAGACGUUGCGUAGAUGCUACGUUAAAAGGCUAUCAAAUUUUUAUAGAUUACGAGUGUGGACGUACUUUGCAUGGGUGGAAACCAAGGAGACUUGGUGGUGGUUUUGGUGGCAAAAAGGGGUCAGGUCAACUUAGAUUUGGUGGAAGAGAUAGACCUUUUAAAAAACCAAUUGUACCUCAUAUUAUUAGAUCAAAUCCUCAUCACGAACAACAUUAUCAUUAUGAAGAACAUCAUCAGUAUCAAGAACAUCACCAUCAAGGACAUCAUCGUUAUUACCACCAUUAAGAAAGUAUCCAUAAUUAAAAUCUUUUAAUAAUUUUAACAUUAAAAUAUGUUGUAACAAUGUCGCGAUGUACCUGCGCUUUUUCAAAGAUUUGUUUGCAGAUUUUGUAAUUUUGACUUCACUCUGGUAGAAAUAUUUGAAAUCUACACUUAUUUUGUGAAAUAUAUCUUAAUGUAUUAUACAUUAUAAGUAAUGUAUAAAUUAAGAAGAAAAUAUUAAUUACUAAAAAUAAAAUAAAUUUAAUGUCAGAAACUUUUAACGAAAAAACAAAUGUUUAAUAUUUCUCCCCAUUAUUUUCUAAAAUAGGAUUGAGAACUAUAUAAAACAUUCUGUUUUUUCUCUUACUAAAUCUGUGCUAUAUCUAAACCCUCGCAAUAUAUUUCUAAUCGUUGUCUGAUGUCAUUUAAAGAAUUCUUGUUUUUUUUUCAGCAUUCCAUAAAUUGUAACCGAUGCCAAAACUAUCACUGUGAAUCAAGUUGUUUUCGUUUUCAAAAAUUACAAAACAUAUUCUAGAGAGAAUAGCACUCUUUCCAAAAUAAAGCACGAAUGUCCUAAAACAA